UCUUUAAGAAGACGCUCUCCUGUUGCACUGGGAGGUUGGCCGGUGUUUUUCCACACAUGGUCACCCAUUUUAAGAGACAAAGGUCAGAAAGAAAAGCUUAUAAAUAACAUUUACCGCCGUAAGUCUCACUAUUCAACACGCCGUCCACCGUACUACACUGAAGGGACUGAUCAAUUCUAAAGGAAUAAAAUAAAUUCAAGCCAAUACAGCAUGGCUCAGAAAGAGAAGCUCCAGUGUCUGAAGGACUUCCAUAAGGACACGCUGAAGCCUUCCCCAGGGAAAAGCCCGGGCACCCGGCCCGAGGACGAGGCAGAGGGGAAGCCCGUCCAGAGGGAGAAGUGGAACUCCAAGCUUGACUUUAUCCUGUCCGUCGCUGGCGGCUUCGUGGGUUUGGGGAACGUCUGGCGUUUCCCAUACCUCUGCUAUAAGAAUGGCGGAGGUGCAUUUCUCAUCCCGUACUUCAUCUUCCUCUUCGGCGGAGGUCUACCUGUGUUUUUCCUGGAGGUGGCCCUCGGACAGUACACCUCCGAGGGUGGAAUCACCUGCUGGGAAAAACUUUGCCCCAUCUUUACUGGUAUCGGCUAUGCUUCGAUUGUGAUCGUGUCACUCCUGAACAUCUACUACAUAGUGAUCCUGGCCUGGGGUUUGUACUACCUGUUCCAGUGCUUCCAGCCGGAGCUGCCCUGGGCCAAGUGUAAGAACUCCUGGAACACAGACCGCUGUGUGGAGGACACCGUACGUAAGAACAAGACCCUGAUGCUGGCCGCUAACAUCACCAACUUCACCUCGCCCGUCACCGAGUUCUGGGAACGUAACGUCCUUAGCAUCUCCAGUGGCAUCGAUGAAAUCGGGGAGGUCAAGUGGGACCUUGCUCUGUGUCUGCUGGGAGUCUGGGUCAUCUGUUUCUUCUGCAUCUGGAAGGGAGUCAAAUCCACUGGGAAGGUUGUGUACGUCACUGCUACCUUCCCCUUCGUCAUGCUGAUCAUUCUGUUGAUCCGCGGCGUCACUCUGCCAGGAGCAUCUGAAGGAAUCAAGUUCUACCUGUAUCCAGACCUGCAACGUCUCAAAGACCCUGAGGUUUGGAUCGAUGCAGGCACUCAGAUCUUCUUCUCCUAUGCCAUCUGUCUGGGAGCUAUGACGUCACUGGGGAGCUACAACAAAUACAAAUACAACUGCUAUAGGGACUGUUUGCUGCUGGGAGGCCUCAACAGCGGUACCAGUUUUGUGUCUGGCUUCGCAAUAUUUUCCGUCCUGGGCUUCAUGGCACAAGAGCAAGGGGUGGACAUUGCCGAUGUGGCAGAGUCAGGUCCUGGCUUGGCCUUCAUUGCCUAUCCUAAAGCUGUGUCUAUGAUGCCGCUGCCAACCUUUUGGGCUAUCCUCUUCUUCAUCAUGCUUCUGCUACUGGGUCUCGACAGUCAGUUUGUGGAAGUGGAAGGACAGAUCACCUCCUUGGUGGAUCUGUAUCCCUCCUUCCUAAGGAAGGGUUACCGUCGGGAACUUUUUAUAGCUACAGUGUGCUUCAUAAGCUAUCUUCUGGGACUUACCAUGGUUACUAGGGGUGGCAUGUAUGUGUUUCAACUCUUUGACUACUAUGCAGCCAGCGGUGUGUGCCUUUUGUGGGUUGCAUUCUUUGAAUGUAUUGCUGUAGCCUGGGUAUAUGGCGUUGAUAAUUUCUAUGAUGCGAUUGAAGACAUGAUUGGCUACAGACCAAACCCCUGGAUGAAAUGGAGCUGGUCUUUUAUCACACCUCUUCUUUGUGUGGGUUGCUUCGUCUUCUCCUUGGUCAAAUACAAACCUUUGACGUACAACAAGGUUUACGAGUACCCCGACUGGUCCAUCGGUGUGGGCUGGACUCUGGCCCUGGCUUCUAUGAUCUGUAUUCCUAUGGUGGUGGUCAUCAAGAUCAUCCAGUCCGAUGGACCACUCAUAGAGAGGAUCAAGGCUGUGGCAGCUCCGCUGGGAGGUGCAAGCUCCCGUCCAGUCGACCACCGUCCCAAGGGCAUGUCUGCCGAGCUGGCCUACCCCCUGGACCCUAACGGGAACAACGGCCUGAUCAAGCCCACCCACACUAUUGUAGAAACUAUGAUGUGAGCGCUCUCUGUGAGAGGAACGAAUUGAAAAAAAAAAAAAAUGACCCGCUUUCUAUGUUAUUAUACUAUAUUAUCACUAAACUAGUUAUAGGACCAGGUUUACAUUGCUAUGUAUCUGCACUAGGAGUUUUCUUUUUGUUUUGUUUUCUACAGAGGAAGUUACAUUAUUGGUUUCCUGUCUAUGUUUUUAAUAUUUUUUAUUAAACUAUUGUUAUUAAUAUUACUGUUAUUACGAUUAAUGUAGUUAGAAGGAAAUUUAGAUUUCCAAGCCACUUGGAGCAAGCAGAAUCAGUACAUGGUCCAUUUUACUUCUUCUUUCCUGUAGAACUAUAGGCGGUCGUCUCUAUUUUAGGAAUCUUUUUUUUUUUUUUAAGAGAAGAAAAUACAUAAUACAAAAGAAAGGGUUGUAUAAAACCGUAAGAACUAAAUGUGUGUCAUGUUUUGAGCAGUAACAUUUGACUACGUCAUGUUUGUAUCUAGAUCAACCUAGCCCCUCUCUCUUCUCAGCUUAACUAAUGUCUAUAGUACGAUAAUAUCGUGGAGGUGGUGCCCCUUGUAUACAGUGAGAUUAGUCGAGUGUGUUUGUCGUCGAUGUUUGUUGUAAAAUUACAACUGAACCUGAACGUAGCUCCACUACUAGGCUGCGUUCAGGGUCCAGAGCAUCUCAUCUACAGUUGCUAAAAAGUUAGAGUUUCAAAAUCCUGCACCGGUCUGCAAUACUGGUUUUUGACACAACUAUUUGCUAGAAGGUACUUGAGCGCCUUGCAGCAAUUGUUCUGUCUGUAUAAAUAACACAACCUAGCUUUUUAGUGCCGGCAACUGUACCUGGCUCUGACUGUGGAGGUACAAACCUGUCCUCCUUGUACAGUGUCUAGUGUACAUACAUACAGUCAGCCCAACUCCAUUUUAAACUAGACUAUACUAUGCUGGUGAAGGACACUACUGCUACAUGCCAUCCAUCCUAGUGCAUACAGUAGCUACAUCAUACGUGUUUCAAGUCUGUGAUUCAUUAUUUGCACUUAAGUAAUGAAGUUAGUUUUUUCCUUUAUUCUUAGUGUUUAAGUCUGUUGUUGUAUCGCUGGCCAUAGAUAGAGGACAUGACAUAGUGGCAAGUACAUAAGAAGCACAACAUCACACUAUAUAAUGCAUAUAGCGUCUCUUUAGUCUGUGUCUCUAAUGAAUUGACAGGAGCCUAAAGGACCUGCCAUAAUAACUUUACGCAUUCAUGUAAACUCCCCAUACAGUAAAUAUUGAUCAUAAAUCGUAAAUAUUGAUCAAGGAACCAUUCAAAAUACAAGCAGACUGCUUCUCAAUCAGAUAUUUCUAUUGGAUUUCUGCCGGCUAGGUCAGUGUACAUUCUGAUGUAAUGAUAAUACAUACGGUAAUUGAUUAAUAUACUGACUUCUACUAUCUACUUCCUCCAGCCCUUUCACACUCCCUAUCCAUCGGUCAUCAUAUCUUAGUUUAGUUUUAAAUAUUAUAUUAUUACAGCUUUUCAGAGGCAGAAACAAUUCAAACAAAAAGCCUGUUGGGGUUUGAAGCGCUAUGAUUCACAAUGCAAAGAUAUUUCUUCUUAGAAUGGAAUGUCGAAAUGUGAAACCCCAUGUAGUGAAAACUGAAGCUUUGCUUAAUUCUAUUGAUUCUAUUACAUAAAAAUAAAAAUAAUCUUUUUUUUGUUGGGGGGGGUAUAAAAUCAGAACGUUUAGUUUAUUGUACUUUGAUUGUUUUCCAAUCACGUUUUUGCCUUUUUGUAUUCAAAAUGUAAAAUGACCACCCCGUCUCCAGCUACUAAUACUUCCUGAGGAUGAAUCGUCAUUUAACAACUUACUGUUAAUCAACAAAACUGCAAUUUGUAAUGUGCAAUACUUCGUAGAAAGAUAAGUAUUUUUUCACUCUGUUUUUCAAAUAGGUGGUACUUUUAACUUUGUAGAGAGAAAUUUAAAAAAAGAAAUUUACUUAAACAAUGCGAGAGACAAAAUUACGACAACUUCAGGGGCCAAUGAAAACCUACCACAAAAUCUUAUGCCAUAAUAUCAACAAAGAAACAACGUUCAAUGCAGUAGUAUCACUUUCUGUCAUAACACGCAGAAUUUGAUUCAUCUUUAUCAAAAAUAUUACACAUUUUAAAAUAUCUGAAUUUGCAAUGAAAAGUUAUCCUGCCAUUUUAUAAUGACUAUCUCAAAUCUGAUUUGGUAGUCUGAAUUGGCCUGUGACAUUCUGAAAUGAUGCUGCCGCCAAACAUAGGCCUGUCUAUCUACCGUAGUGCUGUUUGUUUGUACAGAAGAUGUAUUAUGUCGCACAGAAACAAACCGCUAGUUGUUAGCUAGCUAGGUACCUGUAACAAACCACUAGUAGUUUUCUAGCUAGGUACCUGUAACAAACCGCUAGUAGUUUUCUAGCUAGGUACCUGUAACAAACCACUAGUAGUUUUCUAGCUAGGUACCUGUAACAAACCGCUAGUAGUUUUCUAGCUAGGUACCUGUAACAAACCACUAGUAGUUUUCUAGCUAGGUACCUGUAACAAAUCGCUAGUAGUUUUCUAGCUAGGUACCUGUAACAAACCGCUAGUAGUUUUCUAGCUAGGUACCUGUAACAAACUGCUAGUAGUUAGCUAGCUAGGUACCUGUAACAAACCACUAGUAGUUUUCUAGCUAGGUACCUGUAACAAACUGCUUGUAGUUAGCUAGCUAGGUACCUGUAACAAACCGCUAGUAGUUUUCUAGCUAGGUACCUGUAACAAACCGCUAGUAGUUAGCUAGCUAGAUACCUGUAACAACCGCUAGUAGUUAGCUGGCUAUGUACCUCUAACAAACCGCUAGUAGUUUUCUAGCUAGGUACCCGUAACAAACCGCUAGUAGUUAGCUAGCUAGGUACCUGUAACGAACCGCUAGUAGUUAGCAAGCUAGAUACCUGUAAAAAACAAAUGCUAGUGGUUAGCGAGCUAGGUACCUUACAGGUGUUGUAUCAAAGAAGCUUACUGAAAAACCAAAUGAGAAUACAUUAUUACAGUGAAGAUAUUGACACCCAGUCCCAUCGCUGGAGAUUGGAGAAAUCUCAUUGUAUCCUAAAUGGCACCCUAUUCCCUACAUAGUGAACAACUUUUGACAUAGGUCUCUGGUCAAAAGUAGUGCACUAUAUAGGGAAUAGGGUGCCAUUUGGAUCGUAUGCUCCUUUUCCAUUGAGAUUAGCUGUCUAUAAUCAGACAGGCUACUGAUCCCUACAGAUGACAUAAUGUUAAAGUUAUUUAACUCUCCUGCCUCAUACAUUACAUGUCAUUACAUACCAGCCCAUCCUUUUUAAGAAUGUACAAGGGGAAAUGUUUUUAAUCCAUGAAGAAGAAACAUUUUUCAAAUACAAUUUGAAAGAUUUUAUUUUUUAUUUCUAUGGCGCUAAAUAACCUGUAAAGCAAAAAUGUGUGUUUAAAACAGGGUUUUACUGAGAAAAACAUUAAACCUUUUUAUUUCUUAAUAAAACAAAAACAUUUUUGGAAAAAAGCUUUUUGCUUUUCUCAUGUGUAGUGUCCUUUAGUGAGUCUAUAGACCACAGAAUAAAGCAGGGAUCUUGCACUUUAGUCACUCGACAUUCAUGACCCCAAUAAUAAUAAUUGAUUGGAUUUACAGAGCGCUUUACAUAGUAAGGGGGAAGCUCACCUCAUCCACCACCAAUGUGUAGCCAUGGCAGCCAUUUUGAAAAAUAAAUCCCACCACACAACAGCUCUCAUGGUGGAGAGGUGAGGAAGACCCAUUGCUGGGAGUAUGAACCCAGUGCUCCCUCCCAAACCCCCACACUAGGGGGCUAAAGCAGCUAUAUCACAGGCUUAUCCAGGGCAGUUUAGCCUCUUGUCCCCUAUGACCCCACAACAAUGUUGGUUCCAAGGCAGACUAUUUCAAUUCUGCACAUAGGCUACUGUAUGACUUAAGACAUAUAGUUAGAAGUACACAUUCAACAUUAUGAUGUAGUGUCACAAGAGGGUUUAUGCAUAUUUAAAAGGGCCUUUUGAAUCAAGGUAAAUCCCGUUGAAAUAUACCUUUAUCAUCAAAUUGACUGUAACCAUGAAAAUGAAGGAUGCCUAUAGAUUUGUUAGCUUUUAAAGUUUAAAAUGGACCUCUCCCACAUUUUAUAUAAAGAUACAUACAAUUUGGUAGGCCAUAACUGUCAUACUAGAGCAGAGGGUAUGUUAAAAUUGGGAUGACAGAAGUGAUUAGCUAGUUAUUUUCCAACCAUGAAACAAAAUCAUGGUUACAAACUAAAUCUUAAUUUGGAUAAAUGUUACAUAUUUGUUACACAAUAGUGUAUCUGCUGAAAUACUAAAUGGUAUUUCAGAAUGACUGAGAAGAUGAAACCAAGAAAAAUACAUCUUCCCAUUACUUUAAUGCCACCUUAGUUCAUUGUCAUAAUUCAUAAACACAUCAGGUAUUCAAACCACACAUUACUUUUGAAAUUGAACACUUAGAAAAUAAAGAUAAGCCUAAUGCUUUGUAUCUGUCUUGGAAUAAGCAUGGAGGCAUCAGGGAGGCCUUGGAGAAAAUCCAUAGCCUAGUCCCAGAUCAUGUUUGUGCUGUCUUGUCAACCCCUAUGGUUCCGACUCUCCAUAGGCGUUAACAAAAAACACAAACAGAUCUGGGACCAUGCUAGAGAAACCAUGCCUCAACAAUCAGAUUAAAAUACAGCAGCACCACCAUAUUCUGCCUUUGAUCCUGCCAAUGCUGUGGUGAACAUCCAAUGGACUUGAUGGUGAACAUCCAAUGGACUUGAUGGUGAACAUCCAAUGGACUUGAUGGUGAACAUCCAAUGGACUUGAUGGGUUGACUAUAGCUUCUAACAGCUUCUCUCUCCCACAUACCUUAUAAGGACCAAACUGAUUUAUGUGGAGAUAUAUGACAUCUAUUGUACUACUGUUCUUCAUACCAUUGCUUUGUGCAGUUAUUUACUGGUUUUUACAUUUGUAGUGAUGAAAAAAAGCAUAUUUUUAGUAAGUGUCCUUCGCUUUGAUAGGUGACAUUCGUAAUUUGACAACUUUGUGAGGGGAAAAUAAAAAUAUGUUUAAAAAAAUG